AUGUCGCCGUGUGGUGUUCCAGCGCGCGGGCGCCGCGCACCGGCCGAGCAUUGUCAGAAGGCCUGGCACCACAUGACCUCGGCGGAUGAAGCACGUUGUGCGCCCCCGUGGUCGGGCGGCGCUCACGAGCUCAGGCGCACCGCGAUCGGCUUCGACGGCGCCACUUCCGGAUGGGUGCUGCCACUGGCCUUCCGCCAGGACUUGUACUACGACAAGAGGACCGACAGCACGCAGUUCACGUGCGAUUUCUCCCACACGCUUGAGGAGGAACUGCGCUACGGGACCGAGCUCAACACCUCGACCACAAGGGACGAGAUCAGCCGCCCGAACGAGCAUACCGACUCCAUCGAUGAGUUUAUCCCCGUCGACAUCCACGACGCCAUCAACCAGGCCAUCGCCAUCCAGAGGUUCCCAGGCGGCCGCACGGAGAGCCCCACAGAGCCCAACACGCUGCACAAGGAACACGAUGAUCUCGCCAGGGGGAACCACAUGGUGUCAUCAUUGUCAUUGUUCGUGGCCGCGUACGUGGUCACCUUCACAUUGCUGACGCCCACGCCGUCCAACGCGACCGUGAGGCACUUCACGUCGUGA